UGAAAAAAUCCAUGGAAGAUAAUUGUAUUUCUAAAAAAACAACGAUAAGAUUGCUCAGUUGAAGAUUCAUUGGAAGAAAAGUGGAAAUCCAUGGCGUUGGGCUCGCUGGGAAUUCGUCUUCUUCCAGUUUCAUCUCCCCCUAAUUCGUCGGAAAUUUCCUUACCCUUCAGUUCGCGAAGAGCCAUAGUGUUUGCCCCGACUGUUUUAAUGGCUUCCCUGCUCGCUUUCCCUGUUCCCAGUUUUGCCGCUCUUCUCCAACUGCAAGACGAGGUUCCACAAGAAGAAGAUAGAAUCGUUGGCCUUUUCCAGGAAACUUCACCGUCGGUUGUUUGUAUAAAGAAUCUUGAAAUUGCUAAAAAACCCCAAAACCCUUCUGAAGAGGCCAUGCUUAUUGAGGAUGAUGAGAACGCCAAGGUCAAAGGGACUGGUUCGGGGUUUAUUUGGGAUAAAUUUGGCCAUAUCGUUACUAAUUACCAUGUCGUUUCUGCAUUGGCUACUGAUAAUAGUGGAUUACAGCGUUGUAAGGUAAAUUUGGUCGAUGUUAAAGGAAAUGGAAUCUCUAGAGAUGCAAAGAUUGUAGGAUUUGAUCCAGAGUAUGAUCUAGCUGUUCUUAAGGUGGAACUUCAAGGACAUGAACUAAAGCCCAUAGUCUUUGGUACCUCUCGAAGUUUACGUGUUGGUCAGAGCUGCUAUGCCAUUGGCAACCCUUUUGGUUAUGAGAAGACACUCACAGCAGGAGUGAUCAGCGGACUGGGUAGAGAAAUUCCAUCCCCAAAUGGAAGGGCCAUCAGGGGAGCUAUUCAGACAGAUGCUGCUAUUAGUGCAGGGAAUUCAGGGGGGCCAUUAGUUGACUUAUACGGCCAUGUAAUUGGAGUCAACACAGCAACUUUCACUCGCAAAGGAACUGGAAUGUCUUCUGGUGUUAAUUUUGCAAUACCAAUAGACACAGUUGUACGGACUGUCCCAUAUCUUAUUGUAUAUGGAACACCUUACAGUGAGAGAUUUUGAACGAGUUUUACCAUCUUAAGGGAACACAGCAGUCAUUCAAGCAGAACCAACUCCUCUUCAAGACGAUAGAACACACUGUAAAUGAAUUUGCUUUCUCUAGUGUAUUAUCCAUAUGCAUUUCAAGAUCUUGGUCUGAGCAUUAUUCUU